GUGACUGUUCGUCCAAAGUCAGCACUCAAGUCUCUCACCCUCGUCCAUCGGUAAAGUCUUUCCUCUCUGCCUCUUCGAUUUUCUCUUCUCAUUCUUUCAUUUUCCAUCGCGAGAAAAUUCCCAAUCGAAUUCCCCAAAAUGCGGUCCCAUGAAUUCAUCUCCUUCGUCUUCCUCGCCCUCUCGAUCUUCUCUCCCCUUCAGGUCUUCGCACGAGCAAAAUCAGUAAUCGAUCACUCCAUCGAACCUUCUUCGCCCUUCUCGAUCGCUCUCGAAACCCUCCAAAAUCAUAUCGGCUAUGAUUUUCAGAGUAUUGGUCUCUUGCGACGCGCGAUGACUCACCCGUCGUUCUCUGAAGAGAGCAACAAAGCACUGAGCAUUUUGGGGGCGAACGUGAUUGAGACCUCUGUUUCGCUCCAAUCUCUUACCAAAAACCUUGAUAUAUCUUCGAAAGAUCUGAACCGUUUGAUAUCGGAGAUGUCCAACGUGGAGUCGUCGUGUGCCGUCGAUGGAAUGCGGUUGGCGUUGCAGAAGGUGGUUAGGGUUUCUCCGAAGACCAAUUCGUCAUCUCCGUCGGUGGUGUGCGGUGCUUUUCGAGCGAUAUUCGGUGCUAUUGCGGUCGAUACACAGAUGGCUGAUGAAGCUGGGAAUGUUUUUUGGAGGGUCCAUAGUGGUCAGAUUGGAAGAGCACUAGCACUCUAAGUUAUUGAUUUGAUAUGAAUUUCUGCAAUAUACACUAUAAACUGCUUUUGGUGUGUGGUUGAUGUUUUCACUGAAGAAGACUAGUUUAUUUGGUGCUUUGUGAUUGUAUAGUGGAAACUUUAGUUUGAAAUGCAUAUUAAUGAUGCCAAUGGUGGUUGUGUUUUUGGGAAACUCUUUGGUGGGAGUUGGGAGGGAGUGAAUGUUGUAUUGGGGGGUCAUUAUUAAGAUAGGAAAGCUGCUGUAAAAUGAGUUAAAAUGGUUUCAUUUACUAGCUGAAGGUAACCUAAAAUGAAAACUUUAAUAUUGAUUAAGAGAAAAAAAAUACCAAGUAAAUUCUCUUUUUGUUGGCAA